AUGUCUUCCCUCCGCAACGCCGUCUCCCGGCGUCCACACAAGGAACGCGCUCAACCCGCCUCUCGCGAAAAAUGGGGCCUGCUCGAAAAACACAAGGACUACUCCCUCCGCGCGCAGGACUACAAUCUCAAGAAGAAAAAGCUUUCCCAACUAUCACAAAAGGCCAGGGAGAGAAACCCAGAUGAAUUUGCCUUUGGCAUGAUCAGUCAAGGGAGGGCGGGGUUGGGAAAGCACAAAUCCAAGCAGCAGACUGCGGAUGAUGAAGGUGGGAACAACAAGAGACCAAGAGAAGGUGUCCCGUUAAGCCAUGACGCGGUCAAGUUGUUGAAGACACAGGAUGCUGGGUAUUUGAGGACUGUAGCCGCGAAAGGCAGGAGGGAGAUUGAGAGACUGACCCAAGAGGUGGGUAUGGACAGCGUCACCCUCGGAACGUUGAAGCCCGCCACGAAGAAAACAUUUGAGGACGAUGAAGGUGUCAGGACCAUCAGAGGGAAGAAGCGGACAUCGAACGGGGAAGUGCUACAAGACCAAUCUUCGGGCGGUGAAACAGAUCAACCGAUGCAAGAUGCUGGGAUUCGAGCGACAACAGUGGCCCAGAUCCCUGACGAUAAAGACGAUCCACCGAAACCUAAAUCGAAGAAAGCCCUUCAAGCCGAACAAGACGCCCUGAGCCGUUUGCGUGCCGAGCGGAAAAGGAGGAAACGCCUUCAGGAUAUGCGUGGCGCAAAGCUCGAGGCCCUGAAAACUCGGCAGCGGGAAAUUUUUGCCGCGGCCGACCAGUUGGAGUUACAGCGGGCGAAGAUGGCGAGGACGGUCGGUGGAGUCAACAAGAACGGUAUCAGAUUCAAGGUUAGAGAGAGAAAGAAAUGA